AUGGCAGACUCAAACCCUUCUCCAUUGACUCCUUUAAUCGCCGAACUCACUCAAGUAGCUGCAACUUAUGUUCCCAGCACGUCUCACGAUGCAGCAUCACAGGCUCCCAAGGCAGCGUUAAUUAAUCUGGCCAAGAAGAUCCAAUACUCGUUGAUGGAUCCCGGUCAAAUGGUCCAGGCUCAUUCAUUGCAAAUGGCCGAGCAAGUGUCUAUCCGCACCUUGUUGGAGUUGAAAGUAUUUGAACAGUUUCCCGAGGAAGGCCAGACGAUCAGCGUGCAAGCAUUAAGCGAUAAGACCGGGGUUCAAGCCGCUCUUCUUGAACGCCUCCUUCGCCCGCUAGCUGGCUCCGGCUUUCUCACACAGUCUCCUGAUGGCACAUUCGGAGCCACCAAGUUUUCCACCGCAUAUACUUCCUUCCCCGGUCUGUUCUUCACUCUCAUGUUCGACCACUUUCUCCAACCCAUGACCGAUCUCCCCGCCUACAUCAAAAAACAUGGUCCCGUGGAACCCACCUCAUUCUACGUGAAUCCAUACUCCGAAUAUCACAAUUCCGCCGAUUCAGGCCUCACCACUUGGGAAAUCAUGUCCAAGGACCCCGAGAAGCUCAAAACUUUUCAAAUCGGUCUUACUACCGGCGACGCUAUGGUUCCUGUUGUUGGUUAUUAUGAUUUCAAUCAGUUAGCCUUGACAGAUGAGGAGAUCCAACAGACUCCCGACCGGGUGAGUCUCGUGGAUAUUGGCGGUGGGGUGGGUAAUGUAGUGAAACGGAUUCUCGAUGCGUCACCAAGCCUUGACCCUAAGAAUAUUGUCCUGGAGGAUCUGGCACCGAUCCUCGAAAUGUCAGAAAAAGAAAAUGUUGCGCCAGAAGGUGUGAGGAAAGUUGUUCAUGAUUUUUGGACACCACAGCCCAUUCAAGGCGCAAAAGCAUAUUACUUCCGUCGUGUCUUCCACGACUACAGCGACGAACUCUGCGCCAAAGCACUCAAACAGAUAAUCCCCGUUUUAGCACCAGACUCGCGAAUCCUUGUGGCCGACAUGCUUUUACCAGAGAUCAUGACGGAGAAGGAGUCCCACACGGCUGCUCUGGAUGUUGCAGUUAUGGUUAUGGGAGGAAAAGAGAGGACAGAGGCUAACUUUCGAACGUUAUUUGAUAGUGUUGGAUUGGAGGUUGUGGCGAUUCAUCGAGCUUCAGGUGUGGCGGCGGGGUUGGUUGAAGGGAAACUGAAGACGAGUGAGUAG